AUGAGUGAUAAACCGCUGGUGCAGCAGCAGCUGGCGCAGGAGCUGGCGAACUUGGUGCUUAUGAUUGCUGGCAUCAAGAUGGAUGCAGCAGGCGAGCGCAUCGAGCGCGUGCCAUCAAAAGUGGACGAUACGGCACGCGCACUAGCUGCUCUCGACUUUUUCCAGGGCUUCUGGUCUACGGUCCACUCAGAGUGGCAUGGUGUGGACAAGUUUAGAAUCAACAAAUAUUAUCUGCUCAUGCGACGUUUUGUACAUGCUGGGCUGCAGCUACUUGCCCUUCAUGGCUAUCCGUCCAUUCUUGUUCAGCGGUUUAAUGCAAUCAUGCGCGGAACCGACGGUCCCCUGUCCUCUAACAAUGUGCGUGUGCCUGACAGCAUCACCUACCAUGUAUGUGACAUUUUUUUGGACGAGGUAGAGCACUCGCUUGUGGAACUGGAGGACACAGACGUUACCGUACCGAUCUUGGAGCUCUUGUCGCCUUUCAUGGAACUGGCCGCCACGAGCCAGUCGAAGCGCAUGUUCGAACGUGUCAUGGCCAGCGUCUUGACGCCAUUCUUGAGCGAAUGUGAGAGACGUGCAUCUCAUGACAUGCAAGAUCGUAAGCGCCGACGAGUCGAAUCCGAGGCGAGCGAGCCUCUCUACGACUCCAUCUUCUCCCGUGUCCAGGCCGAGGCUGACGACGAUGAGGAUGACGAAGACAAUACCAUGGCCUCCAUUCACAAGCAGGCGCUACAACGCGUCGUGGCUGUUGCCAGUGGCUCUGAUACCUACGCCCCGAGCCGCCGCAAGCUGUACGAUCUGUGGAAGACGGCCCAGGAGCGCGACGUCUCGUAG